AUGCAUCUAUUGGAAAUGAAGCAAGCUGACAGGAAGAUGUCCCAUGUAACGAAAUCAACAACAGGCCCUGAUUGCACGGGGGAGAGCAGCCCGGCCGGAGACGUCCGAGUCACCUUAGACGAGCAUGAGGGAGUGAGUAGUGUAACCCCACAAUCAUCCACAACCAGUUACAAACAGAGAAGUGAAGAGUUCAGGAAGGCUUUUAAAGAAGUGUCUGAGACAGAACGACUUAUAGUAGAAUACAGCUGUGCACUGCAAAAAGAAAUUUUACUGCAAGGACGCAUAUUCCUGACAGAAAACUGGAUCUGUUUCUACAGUAAUGUCUUUCGGGGAACGAAGAUAAUGGUGAAAAUGAAAGACAUCACAUCCAUUUCGAGGGAGAAGACAGCUCGACUGAUACCAAACGCCAUUCAGAUCACCCAGACCAACACAGACAAGAUCUUCUUCACGUCUUUUUCCGCAAGGGAGAAAAGUUACCAGAGCAUUUUCCGGAUAUGGCAGAAUUUUCUGAUGGAGAAGCGACUGACCAGGCAAGAGCUGUGGCAGAUGGUCAAACAGCAUUAUGGCAAUGACUUGGGGUUGAGCCAGGAGGAGAUGGAUGGUAUGCCGAUGACAUUAGAUACAGUUGCACAGACUCAGCCCAGUUUAAGCUUGAACAUGAAAGCAGAGGAUCAUGCAGUAAAAUUGGAGAGACCUUCCUCUCUACGACUUCCUCAGAUCGAGCAGACGUCACACGAGACCUCGACGCCGCAGGGAGACGACACGCAGUCGUCCAUCGGACUGCCGAACACGUUAUCUCCAAACGGGGAUGAUGCCCGGAGCACGCCGUCUCAUCCACGCAGUCCCAAUCUGUCCCUGGAUCGCUUCAGCAAUGAUCGAGUGUCCAAGCACUCUUCUCUCUCCUUAGAUCUGAAUGCCAAUGAGGACAGGCUCUCGGAUAAUAGCCUGUCUGAUGACCUGGAGGAUGUGGAACGAGAGUAUGUGUCCCAGGCGUCUCAGGGAAGGCUGUACGUGAACAGGGUGUUCCGUUUCAGUGCGGCGAAAAUGUUCGAGCUGCUUUUCACUGAUUCCUAUUUUGCCCAGCGCUUUAUGGAUGCCAGGAAGAUCACGGGUAUAACCUCCACAUCUUGGCAAAGGGAUCCCUCUGGCUCUAUGAAGAGAAACUUAAAAUACACCAUCACCAUCUCCAACCCACUAGUGGGUAAAUUUACCACUGCAACAGAAAACCAGACACUAUAUAAGGAAUCCAGGGAGGGUCAUUACUACUUGGUGGAAUCAGAAGUCUACACGCACGACGUUCCGUACCACGACUACUUCUACACUUUAAAUCGCUACUGCAUCAUACGCAUCUCCAAGCACAAGUGUAGACUUCGGAUUUACACCGAUGUGAAAUACAAGAAGCAGCCAUGGGGAUUCAUUAAGUCUUUUAUCACCAAAAACUCUUGGAGCGGCCUGGAGGACUACUUCAGACAUCUUGAGGCGGAGCUUCUUGAAGAGGAGGCGGAGUUGACCCAAGGGUCUGGCGAUGCUGGAAAAGGCGGUUUGCGUAGAAGGCGGAGGACGUUCAGUCGCUCCAUGCAGGAUCACAAGAGACCCAGCAGGCAGUUCAGUGUCGACCCCGAGCAGCUCAGAGAAAGCUCCAUCGGUGCAGCAGACACGAAGAAUACACAAAAGUGGAACAUCACUUCCAUUAUCGCUGCAAUGAGCUUAAUAUUGUUGGUUCUGACCAUACUGAACCUGGGACUGUUCUUUAAGCUAUGGGCCAUGGAGGACGUAGCGCAUCGAAUGUACUUAAGCACAACGCAGCGAAUGAGGGAAAAAAACAAGCCCAGCUUAGCACCUGACCUGGGCCCUCGACAGCCUUCGUUCCCGAGGAGCCAAGAGGAGACGCGUUUAUUGAGGGCCGUGCUACAGGACUCCAUCAACCUUCUGGAACAGUUACGCAACUCUCUCGUGGUGCUCCAGCAGAACUUCCACAGGUCCAAUAAGACAGCUACUCCGCUAUGACCUGCUGCCUGGUGACCCACAGAGUGCAGGAGAAUUUGUCCCACAGGGGUUUCGCCCACAUAAUGGGACGCCGCCGUAGGCAACUGUUACCUCAGAGACGCCUUUCCGCCAUCAGGUGUUUCUACCUCAGGCCUUCUGCGCUGUGGUUGUUUUUGAGCCGUUUGCGGGCGUGUAGGGAUUUGUGCUGGAGCGGGGAGCGAUGCAGGCCCGUUGCCCCUGCAAAUUGUGAGCUCAGGGUACAUUUAAAUUCACAGGUGUCACCUUUUCCCUUUUGAUUAUUGUGUAAAUGCUUGCAGUCAUCAACCUUAAUUAUUGAAUGUAUCCAGUUUUUGCCUGUUGAUUUGCACAAUUGUUAACACCUCUGUUUAUAAUCUCUCUCCAGGGCUAUGUGAGUGUGUGUGUGUGUGUGUGUGUGUGUGUGUGUGUGUGUGUAAGCAGGUAUAAUGACUAUAAAUAUAAAUAUUCCGUUAGUGCACUCUUAACCAGAGCAUUACUAAGCUAAUUUAUUAUUAUUACUUUUUUUUUUUUUUUUUUUACCAUGUUGGUAAAUCUGUUAAAAUCUACUGACCACUGUUGAAUGAUGGGUAAAUAUUCUGCCUGCGUGUAUAGGACAUAUUACAGAUAUAUAAAUACUACAGAUUUUUAGUUUCUAGAUUCAUAGAUUCUGGAUUAUUUUAUGUUCCUCUGCAGGAAUACAUAUGUACAGCAACGUCAUAAAUGAUGCCGAGAACGGGACAGGUGUGUGUAAUUAUACUUGAUUUUUUUUAUAUAUAUAUAUUUUAGCUGUAAGUUGUUUAAGUGACAUUUUGCUGUAAUUUGUAAUUGUACAGAUUGUAGAGACUUAAACAGUCGUAAUAAUAUUUUUGCACAGCAAUUCCCCAAAGAUGGUGGAGUUUAAAGGAUUUUAAGCCAAGCCUUGUAAAUCUUUUCAUUUUCUUCGUGGAGAUUUUAAAACUGUGUGAUGUUUAUUUAUGCCUUAAAUAAAAAAGACAUGUUUGUCGUGA